AUGACAUCGCUGAUUAAUAUUUUAUUAUUACUUCAUCCAACUGUAGUUACUGAUGCCCAUUCAGUAGAACAAAUCAAACUGAAAAUUUAUCAAUCACAUAAUAAUGAUAUCAAUUCAAUAAAUAUUAAUCAACAAAUAAUUGAUAGAAUCACUAAAGGAGUGAUUGAAUUACCAAAUGAUUAUUAUGAUGAAAUAAUAUAUAUUAAUCCUAAUGAUGAACCUCAAUAUAGAGAAAUUCCUAUUCUGUUAAUGCAAUUAAUUUAUAAAUUAUUAAAAUCAAAUGGGAAAUUUAAAGGUGAUUUACCUUUAGAUCAAAAUUUAGAUGUUUUAAUGACAGGAUUUAUAAUAGAAGAAGAAGAACAAGAACAACAAGAACAACAAUCAGGUUUGAAUGAGGGAACAGUUUAUGUAUGGGUUAAACCAAUACCAGUUGAUGAACCAGUGGUGACAUUAUUGAAAAAGAAAACAACUAAUAAUACUAAAAAAUCAUUACCUUUAUUUAAAAAACUAAAUAAAAAUGACAUGACUAUUAAUGUUCCACAAGAAAUUGAUAAUAUAACUAAUAACAAAAGAAAAUUGGUUGAAACAAAAUUAACUUAUUUCAGUAGUGAUGAUGAAAAUAGUUCUGAUGGAUCGUUAUCUGAUAAUGCCAAUGAAGAAGAAGAAGAUGAUGAUGAACUUAUAGAUGAAAAUGAUUUACUCAAAUAUAAUAAUCACAAUAACAAUAACAAUAAUAAUGGCGAACAAUCAUUUUCGGAUAAAUUAAUUACUCCAAGAAAAUGUGAAUUAUCAUUAAAUGGUGGUAAAAAAAGAAAGAAAGCUUGUAAAGAUUGUACUUGUGGAUUAAAAGAAUUAGAAGAAUUAGAAGUUUCAAAUCAACAAAAUUUACAAGAUCAAAUUUUAGGUAAAUUAGCUCAAUCAGCAACUUUAGAAGCUAUUAAAAUUGAAGAAAGAUUAAAACAACAAAGCCAAAAGAAAAUUAAAUUUACUGAAGAAGAUUUAUCAGAAAUAGAUUUCACAGUACAAGGUAAAACUGGUGGUUGUGGACUGUGUGCUCUUGGUGAUGCAUUUAGAUGUGAUGGAUGUCCUUAUUUAGGAUUACCACCAUUUAAACCAGGUGAAGUUGUUAAAUUAGAUGGAUUUGGUGAAGAUAUUUAA